AUUUAUUCUUCUUGGCUAUCCAUCUUAUAUUGGACUAAGUCAAUCUUCGACAACGUAUGAAAUUACUAAUGGAAAUGCAGUAUAUACUAUGAUAGAGAAUCCAUUUUCAAGUAUUAUUGGUGCUAUGCUGGCGGUAUAUGAUUGGUCUUCAAUUUCAUUAGAUGCAUGGAAUUUUUGGCCACUCACUAUAAUUAGUAUAAUUGGCAGUUUUUUUUUUGUGAUUAUAAUACAAAAUGUAAUAAUUUCAUUCAUGAGCGACGCUUUUUCUGAUGCAUUCAAAGAUAAUAAACGUUUUUUAUACGGUUAUCAAGUUGACUGGAUUUAUGAGUUUGCUAUUCUUAAAAAGUCAUUAGAAUUUAAUGACUUAGAUUCCAAAUUUAAAGAUAAACUAAGAGCAAAAUAUAUCUGCUUUUAUGAUGAUCCGUCUAUUACAAAGAGAGAAUUUAAAUCUUGGCCAGUUGAAAGAUGUGAAUUUAUUUGGAAAAAAGAGAAAAAGGAUAAAGAGGCCCUAAAUUUGACUGAAGAAGAAAUUGAAGAAAUUAAAGAUCAAAAGUAUCGGAACUUUGAAGAUUUAGAAAUGCAGCAAGAUACGGAAUCAUUUCCAUAUUCUCUCAUUUACCA